CACAAUGACUUCCCGACCGACCGUCACGAUCAUUUCGCCUGAGGGCAAGCCGAGCAAUGCCUCGCACCCGCUUCCCGACGUCUUCAAGUGCCAAAUCCGCCCGGAUAUCGUCCAGUAAGCUUGAAGAUGCGCAAUGGAAGGUUGGAGGACACAAUGGCUGAUAAUAUACCACAGGGCGGUGCACACUGGCAUGGCCAAGAACAAGCGACAGCCGUAUGCUGUGAGCGAGAAGGCUGGUCACCAGACCUCUGCUGAGUCCUGGGGAACUGGUACGAUUCUUCAACAGCCAAACCUUUAAUUUCAGCGUUGACGAUGAUUUUCUCGCAGGUCGUGCCGUCGCCCGUAUCCCUCGUGUCUCCGGUGGUGGUACGCACCGUGCUGGUCAGGCUGCCUUCGGAAACAUGUGCCGCUCCGGCCGCAUGUUCGCCCCGACCAAGGUGUGGAGGAAGUGGCACCAGAAGAUCAACCUAGGCCAGAAGCGAUUCGCUACCGCCUCCGCCCUCGCUGCCUCAUCGAACGCCGCUCUCCUUAUGGCCCGUGGCCACCGCGUCUCAACUGUCGCCGAAGUUCCCCUCGUCGUUGCCUCCAGCGCUUUCGAGGGUGCUGCCAUCACCAAGACCCAAGCCGCCAUCUCCUUCUUGAAGGCGGUCGGUGCCGGCCAGGAGUUGGAGAAGGUCAAGGCCUCCAAGAAGCUGCGUGCCGGUAAGGGUAAGCUGCGAGGUCGCCGCUACAGGCAGCGACGCGGCCCUCUCGUCGUCUACUCCCCGGAGACGGACGGCAAGGAGCUCAUCAAGGCGUUCCGCAACAUCCCCGGUGUCGAGACCUCCUCCGUCUACGACCUCAACCUCCUCCAGCUCGCCCCCGGUGGUCACCUCGGCCGCUUCAUCAUCUGGACCUCGUCCGCCUUCGCCGCGCUCGACCAGAUCUACGGCUCCACUACCGAAGCCUCCGCGUUGAAGAAGGACUUCCUCCUCCCCUCCGCCCUCGUCGCGCAGCCCGACAUCGGCAAGAUCAUCAACUCCUCCGAAAUCCAGGCCGUGCUCCGUCCGGUCAAGGGCGGUGCCAUCACCAAGCGCACCCAGGUGCAGAAGAAGAACCCGCUCCGUAACAGGCAGGUGCUCCUCCGUCUCAACCCGUACGCGGCACAGUACUCGAAGGACAAGGUUGGCCAGCAGAAGGUGACGGGCGAGAAGGCGCCGAAGACAAGCGAGCUGUUCCUGGACGUGAUCAACGAGCCGUAGGCGACGGUGGCGGGUUUCUUUCGAUAAUCACGGCGUGUCUUUGAACAGUUAGCACGGUUACUGGCG